AAACUAGUCCAGAAGUAUGAGUGCUUCGCAACCAACGUAGCUGGUAGGGACGGACCUGGUACGGAAGUUUAGUGCAACAAACUCGAUUGCUUUAGCUUGAAAGGGAGGAGAGAGGAGGAGUGCCCCUCUGAGAAGGGAGGGGAAUUGGAAAACCAUGAAUGGAGACUAAACGUUAGAAAGUCAACCUUACCUAUGAAUGGCAGGCAACUAUGAAGUCUGUCAGUUUCGAGGGUGUAACCAGUAUUAAUGUCGUUGUCUGUCUAAAUCUGAUAUCUGGUGAGCGACCUCCUGUUGUAGAAUCCACUUGGGAGUUUUGGCAGCAGUGUCUGACCGAUAAGACAGAGAGGACAGCCAGCUGUUUCAGAGCAGAAGGCUUCUGAUAAGAGUAAAGUCUCACCCUACUAAACCUCCUUGUUCUAUGACGUGAUCAAAAUAAACUCCACUUUUUGUGCGGCUGGUUGUGUUAAUUGUUACCGAACUUUGUCUUUCGGUUUGAGUAUGGUGUAGUCUACCCAUAACUCUGGAGAUUAACGGUGGUUACUUGUAGAGUACAAUUAAACUUGUAGAGUACAAUUAAUUAAACGACGUAGGUUAUCGGCACGCGAAGAUGCUUCGUCUUGGUUUGGGGCGAACAUGGAGCAGUUGGUGCUGGACCAGAUGCCGAAUGGCUAAGAGGUGUUCUGUGACUAUACCUGUCAUUACAGUUCGGUCACCUUCUGCCCCCUACUUAUCUUUUCACAGAGUCCAGGGAUUUCCAGCGGUCCACCAAGGUAGGGUGUGUGAUCCACUGAAGUCACGGAAACCUCAUUUUCGUGAUGUAUUCGUACAACAUGCUUCAGCAAUUUCCAAGUUUAACAAGACUUCAGAUAGUAUGGUUUUAACACGGCAGUAUUUGUUAACUCGGGAUUAUAGCACGUCGUCCAGUGGGGACAGUGGAAAACUUGCACUUGAUGUCAAGGGAUGUGAGGUAAACCGUGGAAAAGAUGGUAAAAAUUCCGGUCUCUCUUCAGAUGAUUGGAAACGGCUGCUAAUUUUAGCCCAUCCGGAACGGUGGCAAUUAACAGGUCAGAGGAUUGUUGCACGUUUGCGAGAAUCUCUGUUUUUAUCAAUUUUGACGCAGGAGAUUGGUUUUUUUGACAAGACUCGAACUGGAGAGCUCAUCAAUCGUUUGUCUUCAGAUACAGCACUACUUGGACGAUCUGUGACAGAAAAUCUUUCUGAUGGGUUAAGAGCAGUGGCCCAGGCAGCAGCUGGAAUCGGAAUGAUGUUUUGUGUGUCACCUAAACUUGCUGCAUUUGUUCUGGCCAUUGUUCCACCUCUUGCUGUCUUGGCAGUAAUAUAUGGGAGAUACUUGAGGAAGCUUACCAGAAUGACACAGGAUUCUUUAGCCGAGGCAACACAGCUAGCUGAGGAACGUAUUGGAAACAUCCGAACAGUCCGUGCAUUUGGAAAAGAAAUGGAUGAAGUAAAAAAAUACAGUGGCAAAAUUAAUUAUGUAUUGCAUCUUGCAAAAAAGGAAGCUUGGGCUCGGGCUGGGUUUUUUGGAGCUACUGGACUUUCUGGGAACUUGAUGGUGCUCUCCGUUUUGUAUAAGGGAGGAUUACUUAUGGAUAGUGCUAGUCUUACGAUUGGUGAACUGUCUUCCUUCCUGAUGUAUGCGUUUUGGGUAGGCGUUAGCAUUGGAGGUCUAAGCUCAUUUUAUUCAGAGCUAAUGAAAGGCUUAGGAGCUGGAGGCCGCCUGUGGCAACUUCUAGACAGGGAACCAAAGCUACCUUUUGAUGGAGGCAUGCUGUUGGAAGCUAAGACAUUUAAAGGAGAACUGGAAUUUAGAGAUGUCUGCUUUUCUUACCCAACCCGUCCAGAAGCUCCUGUUUUCCAGAACCUCACUCUGUCUGUUCCAGCUGGCUCUGUGAUGGCAGUAGUUGGACCCAGUGGCUCAGGCAAAUCAACUUUAGUAUCACUACUCCUAAGGUUGUAUGACCCAAAUUCUGGUACCGUUACAGUUGAUGGCUGUGAUAUACGCAGUUUGAAUCCACACUGGUUACGUAAACAUAUUGGAACUGUGAGCCAGGAACCUAUUCUUUUUUCCUGCUCUAUUGCUGAAAAUAUUGCAUAUGGAGCAGUGGAUCCUUCUCAAGUUACUGCUGCAGAAAUUCACCAAGCUGCUGACAUGGCCAAUGCUAAUACAUUCAUAAGCAAUUUCCCCAGAGGAUUUGAUACUGUUGUUGGGGAGAAAGGUAUUUUGCUGUCAGGUGGUCAGAAACAACGAAUUGCAAUAGCAAGAGCUCUUCUUAAGAACCCUAGAAUUCUUCUGCUGGAUGAAGCAACAAGUGCUUUGGAUGCCGAAAAUGAGUAUCUGGUACAAGAAGCUCUGGAUCGCCUAAUGGAGGGGAGAACAGUACUGAUAAUAGCCCAUCGCCUGUCUACCAUCCAGAAUGCAGAUGCUGUUGCUGUCCUUGACCAAGGCAUGAUAGUUGAAUGUGGAAAACAUGAAGACUUGCUUGUUAAUCCCAAUGGGCUAUUUAGAAAACUUGUGGAAAAGCAAGCCUUUUUACAAAAUACCCACAAGUUUGCAUUUCAUGGGGCUUGAUUUGUGAGAAUGCACAAGAACUAUGUAAAUUAUCUACAGUAAUAGAAAUUUGCCUUUUGACAGUAGAGACAAUAUAAUCUGUUGCAGAUGAAAUGAGAUGUGUAUGUGUGCAUAAAUUUUUAUAUGCAGAGUAUUAACUAUUUUUAAAUGCAAAUAGCUAUUAAAAACAAAGUAAAAAGAACAAAAAC